AUUUAAACCAGUCCAUAUUUAACUUUUUAAUUUAUUGAAAUUAUUUUUUUCAUUUAACUUCGAGAAUUCAAAAGCAAAAGACAUUUCAAAAUGAAAUGUGUUUGGAUUUUGUUCUCAAUAUUAUUUGGUAUUCUUACUUUUGUGAAUUACACCUCGGCUAGAAAGUCUGAAACGAUCCUACACGCAGCAGUAGAAGAUUAUUAUUCAUAUUCUUCAACAGACAGAGCACAUAGAGCCUCAAAAUUAGAACUAAGAAGUAUUGGCACUACUAAUUCGAGAUCUACAUUUUCAGACCAUGAUCCAGACGUGUAUUCAUAUGAAGAUGAGAGCAGCAUUGAAGAACCUCCAACUGAAAGACCAGUUGAUCCUCAUAGAAGAAGAAGAAUUACUCAUGUCAGAAGACGUCAUAGUCAUUUGCUUUUUAUCGAACACAAACAUCAUGUCCCUAGCAAACCAGCAAACGUUGUGAUUUAUCCUCGACCAAAUAUUUUAAAAGGACACAAACACAUAGAUCCCCAUCUCGGAAUGGAUGAUCAAGCAAAAAUGAUGUUCAGAAUCCAAAUGAUCAUUUGCAGACGUACGGGUUGGUGCACAUAUCCGUAUUACUAAUAAACUAUUUGGCAGCUAUUUGCCUGAUGCCAAGGGUAAAUAAACAAUUAGUGUACCAACCCUUAUCUAAAAAUGAAUUUUUAUUUGAACAAAUAAAAUUUUCAAACAUU